AUGCCACAAAUAAUUCUAUUUCCAAUAUCUAUCACAACACAUGAGACAACAAUGAUUGUUAAUAUUAAUAGAAAAUCUCAAUCAACAUACUUACAUUUACCCGACAUCGUUACUGAGUGUGAACAACGACUAGCUCAUAAUUUUGCUAAUGAUGAUGCAAUGAAAAUAACAUGCAAACAAAUUGCGCAUUCACUGCGACUCGUCGCUGAUCAAGUUGAUAAAAAACAUUGUCACGAUUCUGAUUUCAAUCGAAAUCUUCAUUAUUUAUCAAUGCGUCUUAUGUUGCAUUCAAUAUUUUGUACACUAUGGACACGAUCUUUAUUACCAUAUAUUCUUCUUUUUUGCAAAACAAAAAUAUUCACGUAUUAA